AUGGACGACCCAGCCUUUUUGACCGCCAACAACGCAGCAGCUAGAAUAGCCGUGACGGCAAGAUCGCACCCAACAAGCCCCUCUGUUAACUUAGCCCACUCAAUACCAGCAGCGGAAGCCGCAGCGAUCAAUCCCGUAACGACUGAAACGACACAAUGGACACGGCUGAGAACUACUACUAGAAGGCAGAUCACGAACACGUGCACGCAAUUCACAGCCGCCAUUAAAAGAGGUGAUUCAAGAGGCAGUGUAAGAGCUCUGGUGGAGUACGCACAGGAAUUGUUGCAUGAAGCCCGUGACGUGAACAAUCGCCUAUUGGAAGGAGCUGAGCCAGAAGAAUUUGACCGGCAACAUGAGGCACACACUAAGUACGUCCAGCAAGUUAAAGUAGUAGAGGCAGAACUUCAGCGUUACCUCGCCACACGUGCACACCUACCACCAUCUGUCAAAGGCCUUCCCACUCUGGAACUCAGAAACUAUCCCUCGCGUGAAUGUAAUCAGUCACGUUAUCAACUAUCUGUACACAGUAGCCAACACUCAUUGUCAGACCCACAAGAAGCCGACAGAUCGCAACGGCAAAUAGAGGCCCAGCAGAGAUCCACCGAAGCGCAGCUGGACCUACAAGAAGCAGAACGAGCUCUACAAUUGCUCCAAGUAGAAGAAAAUGAAGAUCGCCGAUCACUUCCUGAAUUCUACAAUCACGAUGGAGUCAACCGCUGGUGCCAAAAUCACAGCCCGUGGGGAAUAGAGGGAGAAGCUCAACUACAGGACGAAGCCCCAGACGAUUGGAUCGACAUGUAUAGCGUUGGCCGCUUACGACCAGCUACACGAACGGAAGCAGGAUCGCAUUCAUCAGUUCGAGCAGAGUUACCGGAUUUUAGCGGAAGAUCUUUGGAAUGGUUUGCGUGGGUAGACCUGUUCCGCGCGUUGGUACACGACACAUCAAAGGCAGCCGGAGAGAAAUUCGCCAUCCUGAAGAGACAUCUACGCGGUGAUUGUUUAGAUGUCGUUUAUGGCCUAGGGGGAGGAGAAGCCGCCUACAUACAGGCAUUAGUCAGACUGAAGGCAAAUUUCGGUCGGCGUGAUGUCAUGAGAGCGGCCCACCUUCAAGCGCUGGACAAACUAGAGAUCCAGAAGAAUGAUCCCGCUUCUUUCAAGAGGUACGCAGAGAAAGUGCGUACACACCUUUUCGACCUCACUAGGAUAGGGGAGGCAGGCACAUCCGAUAUUAUUGAGAAGAUUUGCCUCAAACUCCAGUUGUCCGACCGCCUGGCUUGGAACUCUGAUAGAGGCAACGGACUCGAAAGACGAAACCUUAACCAGUUCGGGACUUGGAUCUGCGCCCGUGCUGCUGCCUAUCAGAAUGCAUAUAGCAUAGCGGCAGAUCAGCUGAAUGGAGGUACGAGUAAAUCAAAGGACAGACAGUACACCCGCAACAACCAGACCAGCGCUGAAGCAAGAGACAGAGAGCCGCGCAUACCCAGCAGCGCCUACUGCUUCAAAUGCGAAGGAUCACACAAGUUAGACGACUGUCAUUCUUUCAAGGAUCUUACGAUAAAGGAUAAAUUAUCGUUCUGUAUCCGACAUCGUUUAUGCUUCAAUUGCCUUAGAUCUCGACAUUCGGCCAGAGAGUGCAGGUCAAAGAAAGGUUGUUCAAUCCCUAAUUGCAAACGCACACACCAUAUUCUACUUCACGACCAGUCGCAAGACGAAUCGGUUCGUCCUGUCACCGCCCGUGCCAGCUUAUCAAAGGGGAAGAAAACUGCCGUUGGAAUGAUUCGACUGGAUGUCUUGGAUGCAGAGGGGAACAUCGUGAAAGCCAACGCGUUUCUCGACGAAGGUAGCGAUGCAGCACCCUUUUCCGAGACGGAUUCAUUUCUAGACUACGAAUAA